AUGUAUUAUACAAAUGUGAUUUGUUCACAUCGAAGUUUUCUGACGACGAGAUACUGGAUCGUGUAUUCGCGACACGAAUUCCAGGGUCAAUAUAUUAUAAUUCCACCUGGUGCAUGUGUUCGUGAUUUAAGGGAAAAAGGAUUAUGGUCAGUCGGCUCCGCACUUAAAUGCGUAAAAAUAAACCAAGACAAUUAUAAUUUUUACUGUCACAGGCCGCGAAUAACAUGGUUGCCGAAUGGUCAAUUUCCACAAGGCAUACCUCCAUUCGGACCACAACCGAUUCAAAAUCCAUUUGGAGGUUUUCAUCCGAUUAAUUACCGUGGUGAACCGAAUAAAAUACGACAUCCGAAGUUCAUUUAG